AUGGAACCCAUCGUCGGCGCGCUCUACGGCGUAGAAUCAGCACUCGAAGCCGGUGUCGCCCUCGCAAAAGGCAUCCUGCACCCAACCCUACCCUUGCGCGCAACCCUCUCCCGCAUAACCGGCGGCCCCAACCUCCCACGCACUGGCCACACCCUCUCCAUCAUCAAAGGCCGCGCCUACAUCUACGGCGGUGAGAGCAGCGACGCAGCAGCAGCAGCCGACACAGACAUCCAUGUCAUCGUCCUCCCGACCACCGAUGUAGAAGAGACGGACUAUUUUACAGCAACGACGAAAGGCCGGGGCCCGGUGCCGCGGAAAAACCACACCGCUACGGUUGUGGGCGAUGAUAUCUACAUUUUCGGCGGGCAGCCCCUUUCCUCUUCUUCCUCGUCCUCUGAGUCCGCUGAACCAGACCCACCCGGCCGCAUCUGGUCCUUCAGCACCAUAUCCAGUACAUGGCGCCCGGCCCCCGACUCCUCAGGUCCAGCCCAGCGCACCGGGCACGCGGCCGCGGGAACGGAGGACCCGAAUCCGCAGGCGCCGAAGGGCGUGGAUACGAGUCUCGAGACGGGGAUACUCCCGCAGGCGCCGCCGGAUCCGGCGGAUGAUAGGAUGCUAGCUGAACCGGAGCCGGAGGGGAGUUUUGGAACUGUGUUUGUUGUUGGAGGGCGGGCUCUUGGGGGGGAUGAUGGGAAGGGCGAGCAGCUGGACGACGCGUGGGCCUUUGACAUUAGGACGGCGCGGUGGACGCAGUUGCCUUCACUGCCUCGCCCUCUGGCUAAGGCUGGGUUAGGCGCCACGAUCGUGGGGACACGGCUUUAUGUUGUGAGCAGAGGCACGGUCGGGUAUUUGGAUAUUAGGCGCGUGAUCGAGUUUGCGGCGCAGGGGAACCAGCCCACGAGCCCCGAGCAGGCAUCGCUGCUGGGCGAGUGGCAGGUUAUAGAGACUGAUACCGCUGAUGGGAAGGCUCCGGGUCCGGAUGAUGGCGCAGGCCUGGUGGAUGUGACGACCGGGCAGGGCCGGAGAUACCUUCUGCUUCUUGCUGGCGGCAAGGUGUACGGAGAUGAGGCUGGAGCCGAGGCGCCGCAGGCGAAGGAUACGAUCUUCGCGCUUCAAUUGCCGCCGGAGGCGGAGUCUGCUGCGGCUGUCAAGGACACGAUGCGGGAGACAAUCAAGAAGGACACGAAGAAACACGCGUGGGCAGAGGUGGAGUACAAAUACACCAAUGAGAGAGGAGAUGUGGUUUCAGGGGACAAGGCGAGGGCUCAAAAACUAGGCAUGGGCAAUAGGAAAGGAGCAGCGGUGGCCAAGGGGUCGGAGGUCGAUGGUGCUACUGUCGUUCUCUGGGGCGGGAUGGACGAUGAGGGGAAGGUCAUGAGUGACGGGUGGAUGGUUACAGUUGAUCGAUGA